UUUUUAAUUUUUAGUCUUGGAUUGACCAGUGAAAAGAGCAUGUGUAUCCCUCGGUGUGUCCUCUUGUAGUGUCAGAUUUCUGGUAAAGUAAAGCACUAAAGUUUGCAUUCCAUGCUCAACGCUGUUACUACAUUAGUUGACAGAUGAGUGGAAACGCACAUAAAAGAUUACGAAAGAAGAGUAGGAAACUAUCUGAGGCAGAGCAUGAGGAACUAAUUAAUCCAUUAGUAACAAGAAAGAAACGUGGCCGGCCGUCUGUAACAAGCACCACUGAAGAAGAAAUAACUGAGGGAAAGCUUAUUGUGUCACUUCAGAAUUCAGUAAUAGGAACACGCUUCUUAUCACGUCUUAAAAGAAAAUCAACCAGUCAUUCUUCAGCUACGUCAUCCUCUUCAUCCAGCAAUAACAAAGAAGCUGAGAGUGAGAGUCCUGCACCCAUUGUACAAACACUACCAGAUAUUGUCUCACCUAAAAAGGCUCAAUUGGAACUUGGGUUUAAGAAUCCUGCUUUCUCAUAUUCAUUCAUUGACAAAAACAAGAAAAGGACAUGGAAGAGUCUCAAACAAAUCAUUCAGUCUGAUGUUAAUGCUAGACUGGAUCACCAUCAGUUCUUACCUACUUACAAUAGCAUAGAAGCACCUCCUCCAAUAAAGCCUCCUAAAAAAUAUUCUGAUGUCUCUGGUUUAUUGUCGAACUAUACUGAUCCAUUGACAGGACUGCAGUUCAGUUCAUCUGAAGAAUUUGAGUUUGUUAGAACAUUACCAACUAAUGUUGUACAGGGCUACUUAUCUCUAAGAGGUAAAGCCACAAUCACGUAACUUCUGCUUUAUGUAUUGUUAUGAUAUUUUGUUUAAAAUUUACAAAAAAUAUACAAUUGGUUAGUAUUUUUGCGUUCAA